GAUUAUUGAGUAGCCAUGAAUCGGCUGGCUGUGAUAUCGGCCUUGAUCUGCUUCCUGUUUCCACCUGUGUCGGCAAAAUAUGUCGAAGGUCAACUCAACGAUCCAGUCCAGAGGUGGACGUUCCUUGCUCGGUUUUGCUUUCUCUCGAUGGAAGGCAGAUUCACGUAUGAUGUCGAGUACGAUUUAGAUUACGCCGUUCAAAAACUUUUGCUGUAUUAUGAUACACCAAGGCAGUGGCCACUGGCUUACGAUCAAACCAGAAGCUGCGAAGAACGCGAAUCGCUUCUAUUAAUCGAAAACAAUCAAAUAAUCAACCUUACCUCAGCAUCUCGGUCGGCGGAAUGCCAAGUCAUCCGGCUGGAUCAGGAUAAGGCUAAAUACCGGUGCGUCGGGAACAGGACCUUCCGUUCGUCGAGGGAGCGUUGGUGGUUCAUUGCUGUUAGUAACUGUCCAUCUUCAAAGGGGUUGUCUCUCAAGUACCGUUUCUGGAUGACGAACGGGCCUAGUGAUGAUAUUUGGUUCCAGCAAUUUUCCGCCGACGAAUUCUAUAUUUUACAUAUGUUGAUUGGUUUCCUGUUGGCACAAGUUACUCUGUCGAUUGUGUGCAUCAUGUGCGGGAGAGAGCUGAAGGCGAGGCAGCUUUUACAUUCCACUUACAAGAUGUUCAUCACGAGCGUUCUUCUCCAAGCAGUCGGCCUUUUUCUGCUAACUGUCGCUUACGGAAAAUAUGCUAACGACGGAGUUGGAUCUGUUGGUCUGAAAACGUUAGGACGGAUGUUCGAGGCCACAUCGGAAAUCUUUUACAUUUUGAUGCUGAUAUUGCUGGGCAAAGGUUACACAGUGACGCGGGCUAGACUUCGAUCACGUUCGGUUGUCAAGGUGACUGUUUUCAUGUCGCUCUACUGCGUGACUUACAUCGCCCUCUUCACCUACGAAAGACAGUACUUUGAUCCGGGGAAAGUUCUCUACGUAUACGAGUCCCCUGCGGGAUAUGGACUGCUGGUUCUGCGAUUCCUGGGAUGGAUGACAUUUGUUUAUGGUUUGGCUUUUACUUUGAAACAUUAUCCGGAAAAGAAUGGGUUUUAUCUGCCAUUUUUCUUCUUUUCGUCGUUAUGGUUCGUCUCUGGUCCUGUCAUCAUAAUACUUUCUAAUCAUCUGGUCGACAAGUGGGUGAGAGAAACAUCCAUGGUUGGAGUGGAACAUUCAUUUGCACUUCUGGGAUUUCUGGCUUUCUUGGUGUUGACUCGCCCCAACGCGGCCAACAGCAAUUUCCCCUACCAUGUCCGUACGUCCCAGAUUGGAGUGAUGGAACAACGCAUUAGCGACCAGUCGGAAGACAGCUUGUCUCCUAACCAUUUAGACUUGGAUCGAUUUCCACACCAUCCUUAUGAGCCAACACUGCGUUACAGCAACCCCAAUGGAUCUAUCUACGCCAUCAGUAACGGAGCCGUCCAUUAAUGUCUAUUUACCGUGUAUUCUCUCAAUGCGUGCAAAAUACAUCGCACAGUUUCUUUGA